AUCAAAUAUGAGAGUAUUUUUCGGAAUAUUUCCACGGGAUAAUUUCGCGUGAACGUCUGAAAGUUCAUAACUAACCUUGUGAAAUUAUGCACGAAUUACGUUUCCUCCUCUUUUUGUUCCCUCCAUUUUUCUUCAUUUCCCCCCUCCCCCGUUUGCACUUGCUAUGCAAAUAAGUACAAAGAAAUGUCCUCGUGGUUGUAAAUCAAUCGUUUCAAUAAUAAAAAGAAACCAUGAACACAAUCAAGCUCCGACAGCCGGCGCCGGCGCCGGCGCCCUCCUCCCUCCUCCGCCACUGCAAAACCCCACAAAUUCAAACCCCCAUAAUCUCCACCAUCAACCCUUCAAAACAAAUCACCAAGAUCCAAUCCCACUCUCUUCGCCCAUUUCUCUCCCCUCUUUGCUCCAGCUUCAGUCCUUCAGCUACUAAUAGCAGCGACGGCGACGGCGGCGAAGCGAAAGAGACCAAAACCCUAAAUGGGCGCGAGAUCAUCGUGCGAUUAGGGGAAGUCCUCUCCCUAGGGUUCCCCGUCUGGGUGGGGUCCGCUUGCCUCGUGGCGCUAUGGAGGCCGCCGUCUUUUCUCUGGGUCGGCCGGAAUUUUCAGAUUGUGGGAAUUACGCUCACAAUGCUCGGGAUGGGAAUGACGCUGACGCUUGAAGAUCUGAGAGCUGCGCUGUUGAUGCCCAAGCAGUUGGCUGCUGGUUUUGUUCUUCAGUACACAGUGAUGCCGUUAUCAGGAUUUUUUAUUAGCAAGCUGUUGAGAUUGCCUUCAUACUAUGCUGCUGGCUUGAUACUGGUUUCCUGCUGUCCUGGUGGCACAGCUAGUAAUAUUGUCACGUAUCUCGCAAGAGGGAAUGUAGCUCUUUCUGUUCUUAUGACAGCAGCAAGCACCUUUAGCGCUGCGUUAAUGACACCAUUCUUGACAUCCAAACUUGCUGGACAAUUUGUUGCUGUAGACCCGGUUGGGCUUUUUAUGUCAACAGUGCAGGUUGUGCUUGCCCCUGUAUUGGUAGGUGCUGCCCUCAACCAAUACUGUAACGACUUUGUUGAGGUAGUUUCCCCUUUAAUGCCAUUCAUAGCCGUUGCAACUGUAGCUAUUCUAUGUGGUAGUGCUAUUGCUCAAAACGCAUCAGCCAUCUUAGCAUCGGGAUUCCAAGUAGCAGUCUCUGUCUUUGCUCUCCAUGCAUCUGGCUUCACCUUCGGAUAUUGGUUUUCAAGAUUGUUGGGGAUUGAUGUUUCUUCUUCUCGCACCAUUUCAAUUGAGGUUGGGAUGCAGAAUUCAGUGCUGGGAGUAGUGCUUGCUACCAAACAUUUUGGAAAUCCUUUGACUGCAGUACCCUGUGCCGUUUCGAGCAUCUGCCACUCAAUAUACGGCAGUGUGUUAGCGGGAAUUUGGCGAAGCAUGCCUCCAGCACAGGAGGAUGAGAAGGAUAGUGCUUGAGCACAGGAAGAACCUCAAGAAAUCUUCUAGGUUUUAUGGGAAAGAGAGAAGCCGGUGCGUAAUGGACAAGUAACAUGUUCCCUUCAGGCUUCAGCUAUUUAUCCCUCAGCUUCCAGAGGAGAUGUAUGUUAAUUGUAUU